AUGCACCCCUUUUCCAUCCUCACCCUCGGCAUUUUCGUUGCGGGAUACAUUACCGCGAGGUGGGACCUUGUCACCCGACUAUACGAACUCGCCAUAUUCGCGUGGGAUCACGGCGUGGUGACCAGAACCGCAAAGGGAUUUCUCUUCCUCUCCGUUUUCUUCUUCGUCCUCAUCAUUCCGAUCAAUCAUCUUGCGCAAAAGGAGUUCGGUCAGCACCCUCGACCCGUCCACCUCGGUGUCUCCGCUCGGGAACAACUACGCCGUCGAGGCUCGUUCUAG